UGAGAAGAGAGAGCUUCGUUGCCUGAGCCGGAACAGAGCCCUUAUGCUUGCAGGCAGGAAAAUUAGCUGUCAAUUCUUCUUGGUAGUUUGAGAUUCAGGUGGAAUAACCCAUAGUUAUUGCACCCUGCACGAAGCUGUGCGCAAAGGGGAGAGCACGCGGCUUUGCCUGCCGUUUGAUACCCUCGAGAUAGAGAAAGUGCUCUCGGUUCCGGGGUCUCUUUCUCUUCUCGAUGCUGUCUUGCUAUAUCUAUUCAUCUACGUACGAUCUUUAUUUCUCAAAUGUUUCCCUUCAAGGAGACUCUCUCGAAUUUUGAGCUAGGAGUCGGUUUCGCUCUUUUCAUCCUAUUUGUAUAUCUAUCCGCAAUCAUGUUAGGCUUCGCCACGACAAACCACUUUGUGGUCCAUGAAAAGACCGUGGUGAUUACGGGUGGGUCAGAAGGGAUGGGCAAGAGUGUUGCCAUAGGUCUAUCCCGCAAAGGUGCACAUGUUGUGAUUGUUUCUCGGACCGUAGAGAAGCUCGAGUCCGCUCUCGAGGAAAUAAAGGCUGCUGCAUUCAACUCAACUAGCCAGAGAUUUCACUACAUCAGCGCGGACUUGAGAGACGCAGAUGAAGCUGACCGAGUGCUUACGGAAGUGACCGCCUGGAACAAUGGCAUACCUCCCGACGUUGUAUGGUGCUGUGCUGGUCAAUCUUUACCUGGCUACUUUAUCAAUACUCCCACGCAAACCCUAAGGGAUCAAAUGGAUACAAUCUAUUGGACUGCAGCUUUUACUGCUCACGCGACUCUGAGAAAAUGGCUUGUCCCAAUUGCACCUGGUCAAAAUACCAAGCCCCGCCGCCGACAUCUUAUUUUUACGGCCUCUGCAGCCGUUUUUGUUCCUCUAACUGGGUACGCACCAUAUACUCCUGCCAAAGCUGCAAUGCGUGCCCUUUCCGAUACCUUGGUCCAGGAGGUCGAGGUCUAUAAUGGAUCAAGGAGCAAUCCGCGAAAUGUCGCCCCGGCAGCAGAUGUGAAAGUCCACAUCAUUUACCCAAUGGGCAUCCUUUCCCCUGGCUUCACCUAUGAGCAACAGGUGAAGCCCGAACUGACGAAAUUACUGGAGGAAGCCGACAAGCCCCAGACCCCCGAAGAGGUGGCGAGAGUAGCCAUUAAAGGGCUCGAAAGGGGUGAAUAUAUGAUCACAACAAUGCUCACUGCAACUCUUAUGAAGGCGAGUGCCAUGGGAGCCAGCCCACGCAACUAUUGCCUUCGUGAUACUAUUACGAGCUGGAUUAGCAGUCUCGCCUUCCUCUAUGUCAUUCCCGACUUGACUUCAAAAGCAUGGAAAUGGGGGCGAAGAUAUGGCGUUCCGGAAAAGAAUGAACGCUAUCGGAGCUAAGAACGCUUACCUAGGAACGCUGGCGUUUGCGUCAUGGUCAUGCGUAUGGCAUGCCCUUUGUACUGUACAUACAUACAACACACACCUAGAUACCACCUCACGCAUAAAUGAGUUGGUAGUCGACUUAGCCUAAAGUUAUCGAAUACUUAUACUUUACCUGA